CCAACAGUAGCUAUAGAAACCGAAGCAAAUUAAUUGGAAUAGAGAAAUAUUUAGAGUCGAACCAGUGUAGUGCACUUUAUUAUUUGUUGUUUUUAAUUUGAAUUUGUAUGUACAUAUUGUAUGUACAUAUUAAUGUGCAGGUUUCUGGACAGCAUCUGUUCAGGUGACAGCAAAAAAAAAAUGUCAUCGAGCUGAUGGUUACACUGCUUGACGGACAGCCGAACUUAUGGACUGCGUUAUUAUCUUAUCCGCCAUUUUGAUCGUCAAAUAUGUCCGAUACUCGUCGCUCGCCUGUUUAAGUGUAUUCAUUCGGCCAGUGUCGGUGUGACAGUGCGGCUUAUCAGAGCACUGUGCUGCUGCAAAGCAAACUGCGGGGAGUCGAUGACAUUGCUAGCGGCAAAGGCUAGCUAGCUCGAAGCUAACAACGCAGUCAGGAAUAGAAUAGACCGCUAUGGGCCUCCUGAUGGCUCGCUGACAGAGCGUAAGUCGCCCAGUUACCGUCCAGCUAGACGCAGAACGAGGAGCAUGACGUCUGAAAGCUAAGUGCAUAUGCCUCUGACGUCAGCCAUGUUUUGGAAGUUUGACCUACACACAGCUUCUCAUCUGGAGGCUUUGCUGGACAAGGAGGAUGUCACGCUUACCGAGCUUAUGGAUGAGGACGAUGUGCUGCAGGAGUGCAAGGCUCAGAACAGGAGACUUCUCUUAUUCCUGUGCCAGGACCAGUGCAUGCAGGAACUGGUCCGGAAGAUUACUACUGAGCCCCCUGCUGGCAUAGAGGAGACAAAGCGGUUUAAGUAUUCAAAUAUAGCAUGUGAGCUAUUGACAAGCGAUGUGGGCGUGAUCAACGACAAGCUGGGUAAUGAGGAGCCUCUUCUGGAAACCCUGUACGCCUUCCUGGAGCAGCCCUCUCCUCUUAACCCCCUACUGGCGUCCUUCUUUAGCAAGACAAUUGGGAACCUCAUUGCACGCAAGACUGAGCAGGUGAUUAGUUUCCUGCGGGGGAAGGAGGGAUUCCUCUCCUUAGUUCUGAAGCACAUUGAUACGUCAGCUAUGAUGGAUGUCCUUCUACGGCUUAUCAGCUGCGUGGAGCCGCCCCCUCUUCGACUGGAGACUCUCGCUUGGUUGAAUGAAGAGAAGUUGGCCCAAAGACUCAUAGAGAUCAUUCAUCCGGAGAGGGAUGAAGAGAGGCAGUCCAAUGCAUCUCAGACUUUGUGCGACAUCAUUCGUUUAAGCAGAGACCAGGCCAAUCAGCUGCAAGAGAUGUCCCAGCCUGACCCUUUGCUGACUGUGCUGGAAUCGCAGGAGUGUGUGGAGCAGCUGCUGCGGAACAUGUUCUCAGGAGACAGAACAGAGAGCUGCAUCGUAAAUGGGAUUCAGGUUUUGCUCACAUUAUUGGAAAUCAGGAGGCCUGUUGUGGAUGGUGUAAUGGAUGCCCAGGGUUUUGAGAGAAGUUACACCAUUAACAGCAGCAUUCUGUUGGCCAUUCAGCCACACUUGGUACACUUCCACCAGCUACUCUUGGAGCCCCCCAAGCGAAGUCGUAUGCUGACGACUUUGGGUGUGAUAGAGGAACCUUUAGGGAACACGCGGCUACAUGUAGCCAGACUGGUGGCCUCUCUGCUAUACACCAGCUCUGCCAGCCAUGCGGUCAUAGCACAGGAACUUUGCAGACUCAAUACAGUGGAUCUGCUUUUGAACUUGUUCUUCAAGUACACAUGGAACAACUUCCUGCAUCUGCAAGUGGAGCUUAUUGUUGCAGCCAUCCUGCGGCCCUGUGCCCAUGAAAUGAGACUUCAGCCAGGCGUGGGAUCCCAGGACAAGACCAAGUCUCCUCAGGAUGCAUCGCCGGAGCAGGCUUUAAUGGAAACUCCAGUCACCCCCGAAAAUGCUGCACAUAAUUUAUUGGUGACUCACUUGUUUCAGCAUUGCCGCCUUGUUCAGAGGAUUUUAGUUGCCUGGGAAGAGAAUGAUAAAACACAGUUAGAAGGUGGUAUGAGGAGAGGCUACAUGGGGCAUCUAACCAGGAUCGCCAACACUGUGGUCCACAAUCUGGAGAAAGGCCCGGUUCACACACAGAUUAGUAAUCUUAUCAGUGAGCUACCAGAUGACUGCAGAGGGCGCUGGGAGGCUUUUGUGGACCAGACGUUGUCGGAGACCAACAGGAGAAACACCUUAGAUUUGGUUGGCAGUGGGAAUCCACAUCCUUCCUCAGAGGAUGAUAUGAUGGAGAGCCCCUUCCCAAAAGAACUGUCACUGCAGCAGGCUUUUUCAGACUACCAGAUUCAGCAGAUGACAGCGAACUUUGUGGAUCAGUUUGGUUUUAACGACGAAGAGUUCACCGAUCAUGAUGACAGCAUCGGGGCAACGUUUGAUCGAAUAGCAGAAAUCAAUAUCAACAUUGAUGUCGGCCAAGACAGUGCCAAUACAGCUGUGUUUGACGCCUGUGCCAAGGAAAGGAUUCAGCCCUUUGAUGAUGAUGAUGAAGAGGACAUCUGGGAGGAAAAAGAGAUCAACUAUGCAACACAAACCAAGUCGAGGAACAGAUUUGGUGGGUCGCAGGCAGCCCAAGGCCAAGCGGCAGCUAAAACCUGUGAUAGGUCAGCUACUGCUGCCACACAGGCCUCUGACAACGCAGCAGGCUCUGACUCAGAUGAAGGCGAGGAGCUGAAAGAUGACCUUGACCCUUUCUCUAGCCAGACAGAAUCCACAAAGAACUCUGGAGGUUGGAUUGCAGACUUUGGCGAGGUAAACUCAAAGGCUCCUGCAGCAGGCGUUGGUUUUGCAGCGUGGGACAAUCCCCAAACAGUGGCUACAGAGACAGAGGAGAAGGGCUGGGCCAAGUUCACUGACUUCCAACCUUUCUGCUGUUCUGAAACAGGCCCCCGAUGUACUUCCCCAGUGGACUCUGAUCACAGUGGACCUAACAACACCAAACCAAACCAGAAUCCCUGUGUGUGGACUGUGUGCGGCGCGCGGAAAGCUCCACUGGUGGCAUCAGACAGCUCCUCCUCCAGCAGCUCUGAAACCGACGAAGAAGAAAGCAAGACUGAGUCAACGUCCACUGAGACGGUAACCACGGAGACCAUCAACACAGGUGCUGGCAAGGAGACCAUCCGGCUCACCAUGGAUGCUAAGAAUGAGCGGGCUGUGUUCACCAGCCAAGCAGAUAAGAUGGCAGCUGAGGAUAAAGGGAAGGGAAAUGAGGUGGACACUGGACAUGGUAGAAAAUACGGAGACUGUCCAGACCCAGCUUCCACCAGUACCACUCAGCAGUCGGUCACACAGUAAAGAGAAGCUGCCCUCCACCAAUGGACCGGCCUAACCACGGUACAGGCACACACACUCGCUCACUGUCGGACCAUUCAAAGUGCAGCCACGCAUUCUUUGAUUCCUGUUAGCCCCUUCUGCCAUCGUUUUUGUAUGUUUUGAGAGAAGUUGAGGUCAAACAGCACCAGACAGUCUGCAACAUACUUCCAUUCACUGAACUGCACGUCAAAAGCCAAAUGAAGUUACACAUUAAUGGUCUGCCCACUGGAAAAACAACACUGUCAGGAGCAAAUUAAGGCAAAUUCUGUACAUGAGUCUGAGCCUUGUACUGUAUUAAACACAGCUUCAGAGCAUUUGACUGUUGAUAGCAAAUAAACAAUCGACAAAACUAUAGCGGCCAUCUUGACUCUUAAGCAUUUCAAUUUGCAUGCCAUGCAAACACUUUAAACACAGACUUGUUUUGAACACACACAUACUCACAGACACACUUUAUUCAUGGCCAACUGGCCGUAUUGCCACUUCCUCCUUCGACCUCUGACAGAUUCCUCAAGUGUAGAAAUGUGUGUUUUUGUCUGUAUAGAUGGUGUGUGUGGGAGCUCUGUCCGACGUGCAGAGUGAAAUCUCAGGUCAAAGGAGACAUGCAGAUGCAAAGAAAGCACAUCUGUGUAACACACACACACACAGAACAUUUCACACACGCACACACACGCAUACAUGCUUUUAAGAAAAUUACAAAAAAAAGAGAAAAUCUCCAAAAAGACACAAACAUGUGCAUGUUCCCCUUCCUUGGAGCUGUGUCAAUAUAAUAUUGUGAAAUUUGCACCUGUAUUAGGUUGUGGCUAAUCUUGGUAAUAUACUGUACAUGUAUACUAAUAUAUAUAUAUAUAUAUAUGUAUAUAUAUAUGUGUAUAUAUAUAUAUGUAUAUAUAUAUAUAUGUAUAUGUGUAUAUAUAUAUAUAUAUGUGUAUAUAUAUAUAUAUAUGUGUAUAUAUAUAUAUAUAUAUAUAUAUAUAUGUGUAUAUAUAUAUAUAUAUGUGUAUAUAUAUAUAUAUGUGUGUGUGUGUAUGAACAUUAUAUCUAUUUUUGGAACAAAUCCAAUAUACGAAAUGUUGUUUUGAAUGAGUGUGUUGUGUUGAAAUGAGGCAAUAAUAUUUCGGUUAAAAGCAUCAGUUCCUGUGUGUGUGUGUGUGUGUGUGUGUGUGUGUGUGUGUGUGGAUAGUCUUCCAUAUCACUUUGUUAAUCAGUUUUUAGCUCACUGGGCCGUCAGCUGAAUCAGUGAGAAACUCUAUAAAAAGAUCAUAAAUAUUUUUUCCAAGCUCUAUAAUUGGCCGAAUUGCCUUCUGAUAGGAAAUGAAAAAUUACGCAUCUUCAUGUUUGCUUCAUCUGCAACAUUUUACUCCUACUCGGCCUUUUCUUGAGAUUUUCUCAUCAACAUGGUACUUACACUUUAUAAUAGAGGAAAAAAGGACUGAUAAUACUGUACAUCAAGAAAAUGGUUGAAUAUUUGGGUUAACCCUGAGCUGCAGUAGUGGAAGUGGCGCUUUAUCUUUUCACUCAUCUCUCUUCAUGCGUCUGAGGGCAGGCGGUGACUUUAGUUACAUAUAUGCCUUUAUCUGUGGAACUAUUUGCAUAGAUUUGGAGUGUUUCACAAGCACUUUCUGAAGAAAGACGCACUUACUGGCUUGAUUUGAAUCUCAUGUACAUGUCUCCCUCCACACACUCCCAAUGCUUUCUGCCAGUCUUCCCAUCAGUCUCUUUAGUAAGUUUCUAGGGGCGUAACGGUACGGCAUCCUCACGGUUUGGUUAAUUUUCGUUACAGUAGGGGUACAAAAUACAAACCAUACAGCUUCUUAGCUAAUAAACAAAACUACUGAAUAAAACAAUGUAUAAAUACGAUAUACUAUAUCGCAAUUUUCAAGGUUUGUUUUAAGUGAAACAAUGCAGGUAAGUACAACAGAAAGAGUUUGCACAGUGUGAGUGAUUCUAUUUUUAGUAUAUGGAAGUUCCUUAUCGGCUGAAAGUGCAGCAUUAAUAGUUCCAGCUUGCAGCAGAACAAUGCCAUCUCACUGCUUUUGUCUUAUGUACGUACUUGUCUUUGUUUGUUUACUCAAGGCUGUCCAAACUUUUUCGACCGAGGGUUGCAUACUGAAUGCGCAGGGCCACUUUGAGGCUUUUUCUCAUUACAUAAUGCUUUUGUGCUAUAUUUUUUCCAUUGCUGCUGGGUUAUUUUAAACAAAAAGGAACUGCGAUCCCUGCAGCGCACUUUGAACAACCAUGGUUAGGCCUGUCACGAUAAUCGAUAAAUUGAUUAAUUGAACGAUUUAUAAAAAAAAAAAAAAAAAGAUAAUUUUGCCGACCUCGGUAAAUUGACAUGUGCAUGUAUGUGUGUUUGUUUUCCUCAUGUCUUCUUACCACACAGGCUGGAUGACAGGAUGGUUCACUCUGCAUGUCUAUGUGCAUUGGUUCUUUAGUGGAAUGAACUGAGAGUGAACCCUCCUGUCAGCCAUUCAGCCUCUUUGUCCCAGUACGUGGAGGCGGGGCUACUACUAAGCGGAUUCACAGACAAGAGUGCUAGCAGCAAGUUAGCAAGCAAGCACUAAUAUGAAUGAAGGCACAAAAAACUGAAUGCCACUGCCCCAGUGCGGAUGUGAAGCAGAGCCUUAGACCCGACAGUCAACGCUUACUGAGCCAAUUGGUUGGCAAAGUAAAUAUAAACAAAACAGCGCAAAAUGGUGCACGCUCACAGACAGCGUCGCUCGCUGCAUUGCAAAAGAGGUGCAACCUCUCAAUACCGUUGAAAAUCCAACAUUUCGGCAAAUGUUAUAAACUUUUGACAGACGGUACGAAUUGCCCGGGAGAAGGUACAUGUACUGUACAUGUCACAAACAGUAGUUCCUGAACUAUUUAACUGAGUGAAAGAAGACCUGCUGAAGAAACAUGCAUUUUACUCCGCCACCACAGAUACAGUAUGUGGUCCAGCUCCAAUAUGACCCCCUACAUUAGUUUAAAGAGAGUUCGGAUUUUUUGACAUGAAGUUGUAUGGCAUCGAUUUACCCCGCUCUGGUCAGAUUUCGGUGAUGAAGAAAGUACACUCAACAAAAAUAUAAACGCAACACUUUUGCUCCCAUUUUUAUGAGAUGAACUCAGAGAUCAAAAAUUUUUUCUACAUACACAAUAUCACCAUUUCUCUCAAAUAUUGUUCAUUUUUAUUGUUUCAUUUUUUUUUUAUUGUGGGGUGGGCCGUCUGGGGACUCAGUCAGUACCUGGUGUGACCACCAUGUGCCUCAUGCAGUGCAACACAUCUCCUUCGCAUAGAGUUGAUCAAGUUGUCGAUUGUGGCCAUUGGAAUGUUGGUCCACUCCUACUCAAUAGCUGUGUAAAGUUGCUGCAUAUUGGCGAGAACUGGUACACGCUGUCGUAUACGCUCAUCCAGAGCAUCCCAAACAUGCUCAAUGGGUGACAUGUCCGCUGAGAAUGCUGGCCAUGCAAAAACUGGGAAGUUUUCAGCUUCCAAGAAUUGUGUACAGAUCCUUGCAACAUGGGGCUGUGCAUUAUCCUGCUGCAACAUGAGGUGAUGGAUGUUCUGCCAAAUUUUCUGAAACGCCUUUGGAGACGGCUUAUGGUAGAGAAAAGAACAUUCAACACACGAGCAACAGCUCUGGUUGACAUUCCUGCUGAACACAUACUGAGUGGCAUUACCGCCAGUGUGUUUAUCCCAUACACAUGAAUGCACAGGUGACAGUGCGCAGGGAUAUGGCGGGAGACAAAUAUAACACCGAGUGUUUUGUGAGGUCUAAUUUUUUUUUUUUUUUUGAGGAGGCAUUUUUGUGAUGCAAAUGUACAGUAUUUCUCUUUUGAACGCAUAUUGUUUUGAGAAGCCAAACUCUUUACUUAAAUGGCCCCAGCAACUAAGCAGAACUCUGUUCAUCACCGAAAUCCGACCAAAACUGGACUUAGGAGACAAAGUGGGGGGUAAGUCGCUGUUAAGUGACUUUACUACUGAUGGGGAUCUCAUACAACUUCAUGUCAAAAAAUCAGUUUAACAAUACACUACAUAACUUGUGUGUGUUUUUUAUUAGAGUAGUUGUUUUUUUUUCUUAACAUGUCUAUUGUUUGUUUUGGUUAUGAUUGUGAUUUUUUUAUUGAAGUGCAAUUUUUUGCUAAAAGAGACAGUCCAUUUGAUUUUCAUUGAGUUUUUAUUAUAUUAUAUUAUUUUAAUUAAUUAUGUUGUUUAAUUUAUUUAAAAGCGCUUGACAUUCCAAUUACAUUGUUAAAUAGUCUUGAGAAAUUUAAGUUGAUUGCUUUUGAUAUGAGGUACUCAUUAUUUUUGCCAUAUAAUGGUAUAUAUUUAUAUAAAAAUGGUAAAAAAUAUUGUCAAUAUCUAUUAUCGACAAUAAUUUGUAGGACAAUCAUCGUCGAGCAAAAUUUGUUAUCGUGACAGGCCUACCCCUGGUUUACAUAUUUCACCGGAAAGGCAAAGUGGCAAAUGACGUAAGCGUGUCUCUGGGCGCUUCUUCCUCGCACUAUGACUAGUAAUGACUCCCGCUAGUCAAAGACAAGCUUGCACACUUGUGGAGGUGAUCUGCACGCUUCUACACUUCACCUUUCACUAUGGUUUUUAUGCAUCCUCCCUGGGCUUGUGGAUGUGCCCUGCAUGUCUGGAUCUCUGCUACCGCAGCGAAUACUUUCUUUCAUGACUGCUUGUAUUUGAUUACCAAGUAAAUGCAUGAUGCAAGAAACACUUCCUGUCUUUCACUUUUGAAGUGUAAUGCGUUGCAAUUCGGUAUGCCUCUGUACUAAACUGAAGGCUCCAUACCGUUACACCUGUAAGUGGCCUCUGUUUUUUGUUUUAGACUAAAUCUUCCUGGCGGCCAUAUUUUACAAAGAAAUCAGGGUUUGAGGAGGAAAACAGGGCUGUUUCAUGAAUGAAUACGUCAUUCUCUUUCUUUGACAUUUAGUGUGAGAGAUUGGUGGGAGCUUGAAUAGGCAUGUGUAAUGGCAUGAGGUACAAAACAUUUGCCUCUAAAAAUGCCUUUGUGUGUUUGUAUGUGCAUCUUGCUGCCUGUCGCUCAUUCCAAAGGUUCUGUGUAUCACUGUGAACGUGUGGUAGAAAAUAAAAGCUGUGUUGUAAAAUGCCUUUUUUUGGUAAUGCGAACUGAUGCUGGUGUUUUUUUGUUUUUUAUAGUGUUUCUUCCGUAUGAAAAUAAUGUGUAUGUUAAUUGUUGUCACUUUAGCUUGUAAAUUCAUAUAUGGCCCUAAUAAAUAUGUCAAACCCAGAAGAAAUGGGAGUGUGUGGCCUACUGCAACACACGUGCACACACACAACAAUAAACGUUCCCAGGAUGUCAAGGGUUGUACAGUAACACACAAAGAGAAAGAAACAACAGCUCACACACAUAUACUGUAUACUGUCUGAUAGUGUAAAGGAGCUGUUCCUAGCGUUCCCCGCAUUUUUCUUAUAUGGACAUGUCAAAUGGCAAAGACAAAUAUCCCUACAAUAAAGGCGGGGAUGUCAAAAUUGAUGCCACUUAAAGACAGAAAGACAAGAACUUACACAUACAGACGAAUACCAUAAAAGGAGCACUUCCUAGUGUCGGUCUCCUGAAAGGGGUACCAGAGAGGAUACCGUCACUUCAAGAGACAUGACGCACAGACUAUAGUGCAGGGGUCACCAACGUGGUGCCCACGGGCACCCCUCAGCCCCCUACGACCACAUGAGGUUUUCAGUUAA